CAUUACAGUGAUGCUAUCUGGACCGUAGACGUGAUUUAACAUUAAAUAUGCCGGUUAGCCUUGUAGCUUUCAAUGUCUGACAAACAGUUUGUGCUACAUUAAAUGAAAAACAGCCACAGAGUUGAUUCUGACGUCAGUAAUUUGUUUUUUUUUUCUCCCACGUUGUUACUCUUCAAACCGGCUGCCUUUAGCUAGCUAGCUUUCCUUAGCUGACAUGCUAUCUAUGAUAUUUGAGAGCUGCACUGUUUAAGCGAUCUUCAUCCCACUCCACGGUAAUUGUGACUUAAUCAGAAGUCAUCUCCAGCCUACACAACAACAUGACGGUGCAGACCUGGCCGGGUCACGGUGAGAUCUGAGCUCACAGAGAGUUCAGAAGGAGCGUUGGAGAAAUCAGGAGUGACGUGGAGGCUCGAGGGCUCACGUCCUCUCCCCGAACAGUCACAUCCUUUGACUCUGAGCUGUGUGGUGGAGCCAUGAUGAGGGCAGCGAAGAUGGAGCUGCUGAGAACUCUGGUCAGUGAGCGUUUAUCUGCAGCAGCCCAAGAGAUCUUCAAGAUCGUGGAAAGAACAAUCAUAGAAUAUGAAGAGGAAAUGUCGUGCUCAAAAUGGGUGGUGGACAGAGACCACCAACAGCUGGAUGUUGCUGAGGGACAUAGUGAAGACUCUGUCCAGAUGUAUGCCACAGACGUGAAGCAGCGGCCCGUCAGUGUCAAUGUGUGCUUAAAUCCAGAAAAUGUCCGUGAACCACCCGAAGACCAUCCCAAUGAAAACAGCAUCAAUCCACGCUCCUCUCCUGCCAGUGAAAAAGAUCAUCCUGACGAGGAGAUCCUGAUGGAUGUCACUGACAGUCAUGUGAAGGAGGAGUGUGACAUGAACACACCAUUAAAUUUACUCAAAACGAAGAAACCAUUCAAAUGUCCCAUUUGCUUCAGUUGUUUUUCUUCCAAAAAGAUGAUGGUGCGACACUUCAGGGAGCAUCCAGAGGACAGAUCCUCCUCAUACCAGUGCCAGUUCUGUCCCCAAUGCUUCUUCCACAAGUCUGAAUUCAUAAUUCACACAAGUACACACCACAGUUACAGUCCUGAAACAUACCAAGACCAAAGGGACAGGCAGCUGAUUCACCAAGAGGAAAAAUCAGAGGAGAAACUAAACCAGUGUCUCAGUGAAUCAGAUGUAAAGAACGCUUCUCUAAAUAUCACGCCCUAUGAUAAAAGUGAGUUUGAUCAGGAAUCUCUGCAGCCUCUGUGUCUUUACCAAAUCCACAGUGUCACUGACAUCGACAAGGACCCCACAGCUGCCGAUCCAGUCAAUCACAUUAAAACUGAACCAGUAGACUGUGAAGUUUCAGACAGCACUAUGGAUGAUUCUCUCCUCUUUUCAGUGAAUCGAGGUGAACCAGGAGAGUCAAACCGUUUCAACUACCUACAAGAAAGACACUCAGAAAAGUCUAACAACCUCAUGGUUCAGUUUGAAGCAGGAACAGCUCAGAAACCUUACAAAUGCCCAUGCUGCUCCAAAUGUUUCUCUCUCACUAAAACCUUAAUACGACACUUGAAGAUUCACACACAGGACAAAGCGUAUCAGUGCCAGUUCUGUGGAAGGAAAUUCUGUCAGAAAUCUGACCUGGUCAAUCACACGAGGAUACACACAGGAGAGAGACCAUAUCAGUGCCCAGAGUGUCACAAAUCCUUUGUACAGAAAGGAAACCUGGGCGUUCACAUGAGGACACAUGCAGGAGAGAAACCGUAUCAGUGUCCAGAAUGCAGCUGCAGUUUUGAUAACAAGUCAUUGUUAGAAUUUCACAUGCAGAGACACACGUAGUAGAGAGGGUUUCCUCGUUCACUUUCAAAUGUACCCAAGUAUGAGUGGACUAGAUCUUAUAUAGUUCUCCUUGUUUUAGGGAUUCCUGAUUUGGGUUUUUUGCCAAUAUCUGAUAUGCUUAUAUUUGCAUAUUAAUUUUAGCCAAUAUCAGUACUGGUAUUUUAAUGUAGGAAUGACCUAAAACCUCAAUCCUUAAAACACACAAUUCAAAGUUUAAUGAUGAACAAAUUAACAAACUUCAGUCCUUUGAACACAUUUAAAGUGUAAGGAAUGAUGACAAAAAAAAAGGUUUCGGCUGAUGUACACCUUUGUUCCAGUCUGAACUAGUAAUGUACUUAUUGGUUUGGCCAAUAGUUCCAACUUACACAAGCAGACUUUAUAGCAAAAACAUUGGUCAUAAAUAUCAUCAGAAAUGUUCUUAUCUGCUGAUACCAAUAUGCUGAUGAUAUUUUGUUGUCCUAUUUUAGUUAACUAUUAAGGUUUCUAAUGAAUUAGUCUCACUACCAUACUAAUUUAAGUUGUGCAUCUUAUUUCAAAAAACCCAAGUAAAAUCUGCUGUUCCAUUUAUAGGUUGUAAACCUAUUUAAACCAACACUGGCCCUCUUUUUUUGCUUUUUAUGUUUAAUAUUUUGAAUUUCCUGUAAUUAAAUUUUCUAACAUCCCGUUUCAAUUACCUCCGUUAGGCUUUGUUCCUUUCAUGAUAAAUGAUGAUUUUUGUGCUGUAAAUGAUACUGGUGAA